AUGAUUCACAUCUCUGUUUGUGUCUGCCGCAACCAGGUGUAGUUCAGCGCCGCCUUAACCUCGUCAUCAUGGCAGCAGAGCUCGUCCGGGCCGCUGGAGGCAGAGCGGAGCGGCUGGAAGAGCAGACGACGCAGAUGUCGGGGAUGCAAAUGUCCUCCUCCACCUUUUCCUCCUCCACGAGCUCCACCAAGCUGCGAAAAGUCUCUCAGGGCCUGUCAAGGUCCGUGGAAGAGCACUCUGGGGUUCAGUGCAGGACCUCAGCUGUGGUGGAGUUCUUCAGCCAGGUCCAGAAAUCCUCGCAGAUCCCCGAGGGAGAGUCCGUCCCAGAUUUUGAGGAGAAGCUGCGCCCCGUCACUGCCCAGGAGGGUGAAAGUGCAUCGUUCAGGGCCAAGGUGACGGGGACUCCCCGGCCCAGCGUUCACUGGGAGCGAGCCAGCGGUACCCAGCUGUCCAACACGACUAAAUCCUUCUUUGACAACAUAAACAAUCAGCACAUUCUCAAGAUCAGAAACUUGACCCUGGAGGAUGCUGAUGUCUACAGGUGCAUCGCCUCCAACACGCACGGAGAGGCCACCGUCUCCGUAUCGCUCGCUGUUACAGAAAAUCCAGCGCUGGACUUCAAAAAGAUGCUGAAGAAACGGAGUGUGGAGAAAAGAGAGGAGAGGAGGCCACCUACAGAGGAGGAGAUGCUAAAGAUCCUGGCCGGAGCUGACAGGAAGGACUACGAGAGGAUCUGCGCCGAGCACGGCUUCACCGACUUCAGAGGCAUCCUCAAGAAGCUGAAGGAGAUGAAGAAGAAAGUGGAGGUGGAGAUGGUGCGUGUGCUGAAGCCCCUGGAGGACGUCACCGCCAAGGCUGACACCAACGUCGUCUUCGACACCAUCCUGGAGCUGAAGGAUCCGAACACCAGGAUGCAGUGGUUCCAGGGCACGGAGCUGCUGCGGAUCCAGUACUCUCAUGGGAAAUACGAAGCGAAACAGAUGGGGACCAAACACAUGCUGUGUAUUUCCAGCGUGAGCCUCGGCGACGCGGGCACCUACACUCUGCAGGUUGCAGACAAGAGACUGUCAGCGAGGCUGCACGUCAUAGAUGAACCUCUGAGAUUUCUGUCUGACUUCAAGCCCAAGAGAGUGACGGAGCGCCAGACUGCCGUGUUUGAGAUCCGUCUCUCGAAGAAGACGGACGCGCCGCUCGUCUGGAAGGUGAAGGGAAAGGAAGUGAAAAGAGAUGAGAAGUUCGACGUGUCGCUGUCUGAGGACGGUCUGACCUACACCUUGAAGAUUAAAGAUGUGAAAGUCAGCGACACCGGCGACUACAGCAUCAGCAUCGGAGACCUCGCUGCCACCGUGCCACUUUUCAUUGAACGGAUUCCCAUCAAGUUCACCAGCCACUUGAAGAGCGCCCGUGUGCAGGAGCGAGGCACGGCCCGGCUGGAGUGCGAGGUGAGCUCCAGGGACGUGGCCCUCCGCUGGCUGAAAGAUGGGCGCGAUAUCACGGGGAGCCGCCGCUACAUCUUCACGCACGAGGGGAGGAGGGCGGAGGUCAUCAUGGAGGACUGUGAGCUGACAGACGGGGGAGAGUACUCCGUCAUCUGCACCCAGGACAACGACACGCACCAAUAUGUCACCUCGGCCAAUCUGACGGUGGAUGAGCGUUUUGCCUCAGUGAAGAGCGGCAUGUCAGACGCUCAGUGUCCCACCGGCUCCCCUGCAGAGCUCUGUGUGGUGCUCGAUGACGAGAAGGUGGACGGAGUGUGGCUGAAGGAUGGAGUGGAGAUUUCAGAGCUGAGCGGGGUUCAGGUGGUCAAACAGGGAGCCGUCCACAAGCUCAUGUUCUCUGCUGUGACUGACGCCCACGAGGGCAGGUUCACCUUCAGGGCGAAGGGGGCCGAGAGCGAGGCGGUGCUCACUGUGGCAGACCCUCCGGAAGUGGAUCCCUCUGUGCUGGACUUGCUGGCGGCCCGACCUGUGACAGUGAAGGCCGGUCAGACAGCUGCCGUUAAGAUCCCCUUCAAAGGAAAGCCUCCACCCAAGGUCACCUGGUACAAGGACGGAGCCGAGGUCAUCGAGGACGAGAGGACCAAGGUGGAGCGCUCAGCCGACAGCACCUCGCUGGUGCUCAGCAGAUGUGUGCGAGAAGACAGUGGAGUCAUCACGCUGCGACUGAAGAGCGACUGCGGCACCGCCGUCGCCACCCUGCACCUGGAUGUGAUCGAUCGUCCUAAGCCUCCUCAGGGGACAGUGGAGUUCCUCGAGCUCUCGGGAAACUGCGUCAGGAUGAAAUGGAAGGCCCCCCGCGACAACGGGGGCAAGCAAGUGAGCAGCUUUGUGAUUGAACGGCGUGCGGCAGGUAAGAAGUCCUGGACCAGGGUUGGGGACGUAGACAGCAGCACCACCAGCUUCAGUGAUGAUAAAGUGGAGGAGGGCCAGGCGUACCAGUAUCGGAUCAGAGCCGUGAACGUGGAGGGGAUGAGCGAGCCUCUGGAGACUGAGGAGGUCCGCGCUGGAGAGCCUGUAGAACCUCCAGGCACCGCGUCCCAGCCCCAGGUGUCCAACAUAACCAAGGACAGCAUGACGGUGAGCUGGACUCCUCCGGCCCACGACGGGGGAGCCACAGUUCUGGGUUACACCCUGGAGAGGAGGAAGAAGGGGAGCAACAUGUGGAUGCAGGUCAAUAAGGAGCUGCUCACAGACACAAAAUUCACGGUGGACGGGCUGCUGGGCGACGUGGAGUAUGAGUUCAGAGUCACCGGUGUGAACAGGGCCGGAGCCGGCAGUCCCAGCGCCGUUUCUAACUCUGUCCUGGCCAAAGACCCAAUAAGAGCUCCAGGCCUGGUGAGGAACCUGCAUGUGUCUGACUCCACAAACUCCUCCGUCUCUCUGAAGUGGACUCCCCCUGAGCUGGGAGACGAGCCCUCGGGUUACAUCUUAGAGGUUCGUCCUGAAGAUGCCAAAGAGUGGACGAAGGCCUCCAAGAUCCCGAUCGCUGGCACCGCGUUCAGUGUGGGAGGACUUCAAGAGCGGAUGAAGUACCACUUUCGUGUCCGGGCUGUCAAUGAAGGAGGGGUGGGGGAGCCCAUCGAGCUGCUGGAGGGGGUUCUGGCCAUGCCUCCACCUGCGGCACCGAGGUUUGAUCUCCAGGGGAAGCUGAAGAAGAAGCAGAUGGUGGUCCGAGCAGGAACGACGCUGUGCCUUCACCUCAGCUUCACAGCCUCACCUCCGCCGGUGGUCACCUGGUUCAAGGAUGGCGUCAUCACCGCAGGACGAGAAGUCAUCACCAACAGCAAGAAUCACUCCCAGCUGCUCAUUUCCACCUCUCAGAGAUCCGACUCUGGCGUCUACCGCGUGCACCUGAAGAACGACUACGGAGAGGCUCACUGUGACGUCCGUGUGAGGGUUACAGACUUCCCUCCACCUCCGAAGAACCUCCGGCUUGAAGAGGAGGUUCCGGGCACGGUGACCCUGCAGUGGGAUCACACCUCAGGCUCGGCUGACGGCGAUGAGGGAGCACAUUACGUCAUCCUCAAGCGUGACACCAGCACCGCCUCCUGGUUCACCGUGGCCGAGCGCGUCUUCAGCCGCAAGUACACCGUCACCGGACUGCUUCCCGGGAGGAAGUACUUCUUCCGGGUGAUCGCGCAGAACUCCAUCGGAGACAGCGAUCCCUUGGACUCGAAGGAACCUGUCAUCAUCGCCAAGGAGAAAGAGUGCGUCAGCAGCCUUCAGCUGAAGGAGUACGCUGCACCAUCACGUCAGGUGAAACCGACGUUCCUGCUGCCCCUGAAGGACCACGCUGUACGCAGAGGCCACGACUGCAGCAUGAGCUGUGCCUAUCAGGGCAUGCCAACACCGCAGGCCUUCUGGUAUAAGGGGGAGUCAAAGAUCUCCGACUCCACUCGGUUUUGGCAGAGCACGGCCAACGGAGUGUGCACCCUCGUGAUCCCCACCUGUGGAGACAAAGAUGGUGGAAAAUACACACUGGUGCUGGAGAACCCGCUGGGGACGGCCAGGUGCUCCUGCAACCUGGUGAUAUUUGAUAAGGAUGACAAGGGCCUGAUGGAGAGCCUGACCAGCCAGGCCGACAAAGAGAAGCUCAUUUUCUAACGAGCCUGCUCGAUCUGUUGCCAUGACAGCUGCACUUCGAUUGGCCGAUGGGUUUACGCUUCACACCUUAGACAUUAGAAAUCCUUCCACUGACCCUCUGGUAAUGCAUCAGAUGUCCACUAGAGGUCAGACUUGCCCCCAUCCAGAGACUGACCUUCCUCUCUAAUGCACAAAUUUUUUUUUUUCCUUUCUCUCUCUCUCUCUCUUUCUCUCUGUGUGUCUCU